AUGACGCUACCAGAUGAUUUGCUCAUCAGCAUCUUUCUCUUCCUCCCUCCACACCUCUCCUACCUCAUUCGUUCUUCCCUUGUAUGCAAGCAUUGGCACUCUCUCAUCGUCGACAAUCGGUUCCUCCAUCGCUUUCAGGCACUCCAUGGAUUACCUUUACUUGGUGUCUUCACCAACUCCACUCGCAUCCCUCGAUUUCUCCCUGCUGGGGAUCCUCCUAACCGUGUUGCUGCAGCAUCUUUCGCUCUACCUGAUCUUUACUGGAAUGUCCUUGGCUGCCGCCACGGCCAUGUCCUCCUUGUUGAUUCAACAUGGCAUCAGGUCUUUGUGUGGAACCCUAUAAACGGCCACAAGCGCUUAAUACAAGCCCCAUCUGAUGUGGAUCCUCGUUUUAAUUAUGGGAAUGUGCCUGAAAGCAAUGCUGCUGUGAGACAUGAUAUAUACAGGAGGAAUGUCCACAUCAUGAAAACAGAGGAUGGUGAUCUAGGUCUUGCUGCUCUGGCAAAAUUUAACCUGCGUCUAUGGGCAUGGGAAACUGAUGCUGAGGGUGUUACAGGAUGGGUACUGCACAGGAUCAUUGAGUUGGAUAGAUUCCUGCCGUUGGAUGUAUCAUCUCUGCCCUCACCGGAUAAUGGUUCAUGUGGAAGGCCUCCUGUCAGGAUAUUGGGUCUUGUUGAGGAUGAUGAUUUGGUUUUCUUAUGGACAAUAACUGGGGUCUUUGCGGUUCAUCUCAAGUCAAUGAAGUUCAAAAAAGUGUUUGAGGCUGAUGUCUCCGCAACUGUUUAUCCCUACACAGAUCCUAAUGUAUUAUCUUUAGCAGGUCUUGUUGGACGCGGCGGUGGAAAUGUUGCAGCUGAAUAA